AUGCCACCUGAGGGAAGCAAGAGGGCUGGGAUACUGCUAGGUUGCCCAAGCCUAGACAGAGGAAGUCGAGAGGUAGAGGUCAGGUUCGCACCAAGGACGUCCGGACUGGAUUAUCCAGGCAAGAGCGAUCUCAAAAAGGUUCCACGGGUGAACCUGAAAGCCGGUCUCUCUAAAGAGUCGGAAUCGAAUUCCGAUUGCAAGACUCCGGCUAAAGAAAGAAAAUGUAAUUUCCUCUGGACUCCUGUGAAGUCCUUGAUUUCAUUCUCGACAAAAAUGGCCGUUGAUCCGACCCGUCCAAUAUGUACGCAAUUGCGAGAAUGCUCCGACCGUCCAAUGUUGCUGAACUCAACGCUUUCUUGUCGAUUAAGCAUCGUUUGCACGAACCCUUUAACCAGCUUUCGAUCAGAGGAUGUCGAGAGAUUCGGUAACGCGACAAUUGAGAAAGGGGCGCUGUCUAUCAUUUUUGGUGUGAAUGGUUUCCGCAAAAUUCUUUACAGCACAAACUUCACGCCUGUGACGGAGCAUAAACCACUGUUUGGUUCCGAGAAAGAUAACCUGGUCAAUACGGUUAACCGCCUGCAACGGUGGGGCACGACUCUACUUGGCUACAAAUUUACCAUGAAGUAUGUCUAA